AUGGGUGGUCCCCUCGGUCAUAUAUUGGCUGAUGUUUUCAUGGCUAUGAUUGCAACACUGUUGGACGAGUCAUUCAAGCAAACGUUAUUCUACAAACGAUACGUGGAUAAAGUAUUUAUCAUCCUCAAUCAGCCUGGUGAUUUGGCUCUAUUGCUGGACGAAUUUGACGCAGCACACCACAACUUGAAAUUUACCGGUGAAGUAGAGAAGGUCAAUUCGUUAGCUGCCAUUGAUAUCCCAGUAGACCGUAAAAAUUGGGCUUCUGUUCAACGAUAUAUUUUCUGA